AUGGUCGAUCGUAAGGCUGUGAUUAAGAAUGCCGAUAUGUCCGAGGACAUGCAACAAGAUGCUAUUGACUGCGCAACGCAGGCUCUUGAGAAGUACAAUAUUGAAAAAGAUAUUGCUGCGUACAUCAAGAAAGAAUUUGACAAGAAGUAUAAUCCCACAUGGCACUGUAUUGUUGGGAGGAACUUCGGAUCGUAUGUGACUCACGAAACGAAGCACUUCAUUUACUUCUAUUUGGGCCAGGUGGCUAUUCUUCUGUUCAAGUCUGGAUGA